AUGGACUUCAUAUACAAAACUGGAUAUGCUCUUAAUUACCUCAAUCCCCUCGCUUAUAUUCCAACUACUACCAAAAUAGAAACGGUACUUGUCCCCGCUCGGAGUGAUAUUCCGCACAAGCUAGCUGGUGUUUCUGGGGCCCUAGCUGUUAUUGCCUGUGCCUAUGCGGCCCAUGGUAGCUAAUAGUUUCGACUGCUUACUUACAGGAUUCGGAAAGUCUCCUGAGGACCAAAAAAGGCGUAGCAUGUUUACUACUGGCGCGCAUAUGCACCUUAUCCAUUCUGCAGCUCUUCUUGGUUUGUCCGACUGUGGUCAGCCCAAAUUGGUAGGAUUCUGUUAGAUUUCCUCAGGCUUGUCAGUCGACUUCUUUGUUCCUUGCAGGUGUAGGCUUGUUUUCAGGGACAUGCUACUACACCGCCUUGACGGAUGAUCUUCGUUUCGUUAACAUCGCUCCCGUCGGAGGAACCCUACUUAUUAUAGCUUGGCUUUCUCUGUUAAUGUAG